AGUUAGCAGGCUAGUUAGUAAACUGAUACUAGCUAGGACUAGUAAGAGCGGUGUUAUGGUUACUGUGUGCACGUCAUGUUAGCUGGUUUAUUUUAUUAUAGUUUAUUUUGUCCCUAUCAAAUGCCAGCACCAACCUAUAAAACAAUGUGAAUUACUAAUCAUUUUAUAAAUAUUUCAGAUAACUAUAAGUGUAAAUAACUAUUUUAGACUUGCUGGGGCAGCUCAUGAAAAGUGCCACUCACUGUAUGUUUUAUCCUUGUUUUGUUUUUGUUCUAUAAUUUUUGCUUAUUUUAGUUAAGGGUGUUGACUCUAACCCAUACCAAAGUGUGGAUGUAAACCUAGCAAGUUAUAAACAUACACUGAGUAUAAAACUAAUAUAAUAAUAAUGACAACAAAUCCCUAUAAUAUCUUUAAGACUGUUAGCACGUUCACCGCACACCUCCAGGGUCGGGGGUUCGAUUCCUGACGUGGCCCUGUGUGUGUAGAGUUUGCAUGUUCUCCCCGUGCUGCAGGGGUUUUCUCCGGGUACUCUGGUUUCCUCCCCCAGUCCAAAGAUAUGCAUGGUAGUCUGAUUGGCGUGUCCAGAGUAUCCGUAGUGUAUGAAUGGGUGUGUGAAUGUGUAUGUGAGUGUGCCCUGCAAUGGAUUGGCACUCUGUCCAGGGUGUCCCCAGCCUUGUGCCCUAUGCUCCCUGGGAUAGGCUCCAGGUUCUCCGCGACCCUGUAGGAUAAGCGGUAUAGAAGAUGGAUGGAUGGAUGGAUGGAUGGACCUUUUAAGAGAAUUAUAGCUGCUAGAGGGCGCUUUACGUGACAUGUAGUUUGCUUCAUGGGGCUAGUUGGAUUUGUAGUUUACACAUAUGUUUAUUGCAUUUAUGUAAUUACUACAAAGUAUGUCGUUCUGGAAAAAAAAAAUUAAUUCAAUGGUCAAUUAUAUAUAAACCGCUAAAAAAAAAAAAUCCAGUGAAAAUGAUCAAUCGUGAUGUUUACUUCCGCCUGAGAUGACGUAGCCUGUAGCGAUUCUCUACGUCACGGGGAAUAGAAACCCGGAAGUGUAGCAGUGUUCAGCAGACUGUCAGAUAGACAGAAGUGUACAGUCAGCACGGAUAAUGCCAAAUGGCCGGUAACAUGGGUGGUUUGUGUCUUUAUUUACCUAAAGCUUCUGUAACGCUGGGAAACUGUGCAGCUGGAUAACACACCGCGUGCGGGUCAAAGUUCACAGCCGUUUAAAUUUUAAUACUUCUAUUUGUGGUUUUUUUUCUUCUUCUCUGGUGUCAUGUGCGAUUUAACAUGGUCGCUAUGGAGGCGUUCGUUGGAGGGGGUUAGUGUGCAGCAUUGCAAUGCCACGUCUACUUCAGUGUGACUGUGGUGUUCACUGCGCUCGUGCACAACAACAACAACAACAACAACAACAACAACAAUAACAACACACAUCCCGCGCGACUUCAUUUUUAACCCUAAAGUCAUCUGAGUCAACGGAAACAAUGGCAAAAAGUGGCCGGAGGACUCGAUCUGCACAGAUGAACGGUGGCGGUGGUGGUGUCUCCGUGUCCGGUUGUGCGCCGAAGGGAGCGUUUCGCGCUCGUGCUUUCCGGUUAUGGCUGUGGCGCGCGCUGCCGCUGAUCCUGAUCCUGCUGAUGCUGAUCCUGAUCCUAGGCUCUUACUUGUGCAGCUACCCCGGCAUCACUGACAGCCCCAAACACAGCGCACAUCUGCUUAAGGACAAGUUCUCCCACAUGCCCAAGAAGUUACCUCUGGCCCAGGUACGCCAGCUUGCUGAUCAGGUGGAUGGUGCUCGGCUUUGGGAGACCCACCUGCGGCCCAUGCUGAUCGAGAGGGUGCCGGGUACAGCAGGCAGCAAAGCUGUUCUCCAGCACAUCGUCUCCCAGCUGCGCUCCCUCUCUGCAGGCUGGAUUGUAGAGGAGGACUCAUUCCAGUCAUCUACUCCCAAAGGACCCGUGACCUUCAGUAAUGUGCUUGCCGUGCUCAACCCCUCUGCGCCCCGCAGGCUCCUCCUUGCCUGCCACCACGACUCCAAAAUCUUACCUCGAGACCCCAAAGACCCACAGCGAGUGUUUGUUGGGGCCAGUGACUCAGCCGUACCCUGUGCUAUACUGCUGGAGCUGGCAUCAGCACUGGACACACAGCUUAGAGCUCUGAAACAGCAGAGGUCUGCGGUGACGCUGCAGCUCGUCUUUUUCGACGGAGAGGAAGCGUUUGAGGAGUGGACCGAUACAGACUCUCUGUACGGCUCACGUCAUCUGGCUGAGCUCAUGGCCCACACGGCUCAUCCUCCAGGCUCUACACACACCACACAGCUGCAGGCAGUGGAUCUGUUUGUGCUGCUGGACUUACUCGGAGCUGUAGAGCCACUGAUUGUCAAUCAUUUCGAUAACACUGCACAUUGGUUUGAUCGUCUUAUCGCUGCAGAGAGGAGGCUGCACCGCCAGGGAUUACUGUCCUCUCAUCGUUCAGAACAAAACUACUUCAGGAAGGAUGUUUAUCUGGGACCAGUGCAGGAUGACCACGUACCGUUCUUGCUUCGAGGUGUACCGGUGCUGCAUUUGAUCUCUACACCAUUCCCUCCAUUCUGGCACACGCUGCAGGACACGGAGGAGAACAUGCACCGACCCACGGUCGAGAACCUCACCAAGAUCCUAGCCAUCUUCCUGGCUGAAUACCUGCACCUCUGAGAUGACUCAGACGCUCGUCUUAAACACAAACACGUAUAGAGAGACGUUCUUUAUGUACAUAUCGGAAGAUAGCGAUGAUGCAUGACCUCUUGGUCACAUACAGAAACAGCUUCAGCUGUGGAAGUGUAGUACGAUUAUUUUAAGUUUUUUUUUUUUUUUCUUCUGUCUGCUGAAACAAGAGCCAUAAACACACAUGCUUUGGCAGCCGUUUCAAUCAGUAUCCAUGUGAAGACUUUUGGUCCACAGACAUGCAGACUGUGGUGAGCCUGUACAUUUGACUUACUGCAUAAGUUUGAGCCAUUAAUUGCUAACCUGUUGCACGUGCAGUGCUGGUUAGAUUUGAAUGUAACUUAAUAAUAAAAAUGUUGUUAUUAAGCUUUUAGCAGGACCUGUGAGACUGAGAGGGACAUCAUAUUUCAAUUCUAGUGAAAUGGGAAUAUUUGGAGCAGGUUUUAAACUGACUCUCAGUACCAAACUCUACUUACUGAUAGACCAUUUGCUGUUGCCAGUGCCUAAUCUGGAACUGUUAUGCAUGCAUUAUGCAUUAUGUUUCCACUUCAAUUAGUUACAUUGGAAUUGAGGGGGGAAAAAACUCCAAGGAACUGAAUGUGAGCUAGACUAACGCUAAUGAAACUUUCUUUGAGCAGCUACACACUUAAAAUAAAUAGCAAUAAAACAUCUAUGUCUUA